CCGAUGUUUAUUCAAGAACCUGACCAUGUGAUCUUUCCCAUGGACUCAGAGGAGAAGAAAGUGUCUCUCAAUUGUCAAGCCAGAGGAAAUCCUGCCCCAACGUACAGGUGGCUCCAGAAUGGAACCGAGUUAGACAUAGAAAGUGAUUACCGCUACAGUGUAAUAGAAGGAAGCCUUAUUAUCAACAAUCCCAGUGAAUUAAAAGAUGCUGGGCAAUACCAGUGUUUUACCACCAAUGUCUAUGGAAGCAUUUUGAGCAGGGAAGCAACACUUCAAUUUGCAUAUCUGGGGAAUUUCAGCGGACGGACAAGAAGUGCUGUGUCAGUGAGAGAAGGUCAAGGUGUGGUACUAAUAUGCUCUCCUCCACUUCACUCACCAGAGAUCAUCUACAGCUGGGUAUUUAAUGCAUUCCCCUCCUUUGUGGCAGAAGACAGCAGGCGUUUCAUCUCCCAGGAAACAGGCAACCUCUAUAUAUCCAAAGUGCAACCAUCAGACGUUGGCAGUUAUAUCUGCCUCGUGAAGAACACAGUGACAAAUGCCAGGGUCCUUAGUCCUCCAACUCCAUUAACACUUCGAACUGAUGGUGUGAUGGGAGAAUAUGAACCAAAAAUUGAGAUCCAUUUUCCAUUCACAGUUAUAGCGGCUAAGGGAUCUACUGUUAGGAUGGAAUGCUUUGCACUGGGCAACCCAGUUCCAAUAAUCUCAUGGAGGAAAGUUAAUGGCCCCAAUCCGAGCAAAGCUCGCCUGCGGAAGUCCCAAGCGGUGCUCGAAAUCCCAAACGUGCAGCUAGAAGAUGCAGGGACAUAUGAAUGCAAAGCUGAGAACUCUCGGGGAAGGAAUGUCUUCCGAGGACAGUUGCAAAUAUACACAUAUCCACACUGGACAGAGAGACUGAACGAUACCCAAUUAGACAGUGGGGAUCAACUUCGCUGGGAGUGUAGAGCUUCUGGAAAGCCAAGGCCAACUUAUCGCUGGCUCAAAAAUGGGAAUACUGUACGGUCAGAGAGCAGGAUUGAGAUGGUUAAUGGUGUACUGAUGAUCCACAGUGUUAAUCAGUCAGAUGCUGGAAUGUAUCAGUGCGUAGCAGAAAACAAGCAUGGAGCCAUCUAUGCCAGUGCUGAACUGAAGAUUUUAGCUUCUGCUCCAACUUUUCCCCUGAGUCAACUGAAGAAGACCAUUAUUAUUACCAAAGGCCAAGAAGUCACUGUGGACUGCAAACCACAAGCUUCUCCCAAACCAACCAUUGGGUGGAAGAAAGGAGAAAAAAAUGUGCGAGAAAAUAAAAGGGUAACUGUUCUUCCAGAUGGAAGCCUGCAAAUUCUGAAUGCCUCCAAAUCUGAUGAGGGGGAAUACAUAUGCCGAGGAGAAAAUAUAUUUGGUUCAGCAGAAAUUACAGCUUCAGUAUUUGUGAAAGAGCCUACCAGGAUAGACCUGUCCCCCAAGAGAACUGAGCUCACUGUGGGAGAAAGCAUUGUCCUCAGCUGCAAAGCUUUCCAUGACCCAACCUUAGAUGUCAUCUUUCACUGGAGUCUGAAUGGGCAACCUAUCGAUUUUGAAAAAGAAGGUGGACAUUUUGAAAAAUUAGGAUCAUCAUCUUCUGCGGAUUUAAUGAUCAGGAACAUCCUCCUGAUGCAUGCUGGAAGAUAUGGCUGCAGGGUGCAAUCUACAGCAGACAGCAUAUCAGAUGAGGCAGAACUUCUUGUUAGGGGUCCACCUGGGCCUCCUGGGGUUGUCAUUGUUGAAGAAAUUACAGAGGUCACUGCCACUCUUUCAUGGACACCGGGAGCAGACAACCACAGUCCUAUCACUUCUUACAACUUACAAGCACGAAGUCCAUUUUCACUUGGCUGGCAGACUGUGAAAACAGUUCCUGAACACAUAGGGGGUGACCUGGAAUCUGCAACAGCAAUUGAACUGAACCCAUGGGUAGAGUAUGAAUUUAGAGUUGUAGCAACUAACAAAAUUGGAACAGGAGAUCCAAGCACACCGUCGAAAGUGAUCCGAACCAAAGAAGCAGUGCCAAAGACAGCUCCCGGUAACGUAAGUGGCAGAAGUGGAAGGCGGCAUGAAUUAGUAAUAGCCUGGGAGCCAGUCUCCGAAGAAUUUCAAAAUGGGGAAAGCUUUGGAUAUAUUGUGGCUUUUCGACCAAAUGGGACAAGAGGCUGGAAAGAAAAAAUGGUCACGUCUUCUGAUGCCUCCAAGUUCAUCUACAGAGAUGAAAGCGUGCCUCCCUUGACUCCAUUUGAGGUGAAAGUUGGAGCAUAUAACAACAAAGGCGAUGGACCGUUCAGCCCAAUUGUUGUGAUCAGUUCUGCUGAGGGAGAACCGAGUGCAGCCCCUACUGAUGUCAAGGCUACAGGACUGUCAGUAUCAGAGAUUCUUGUUGCGUGGAGUCACAACAAAGAUAGCCUGGGAAGGCCCCAGGGAUUUGAGGUUGGCUACUGGAAAGAUAUGGAACAAGAAGAAGCAUCAGAGAAGGCCAGGUCAGAAGGCAAUGAGUCCUCUGUCAUCCUCACAGGGCUAGAAGGCAACACCCUGUACCACCUGAGAGUGAAGGCAUACAACUCAGCAGGCUAUGGACCACCAAGCAACACCGUCCAUGUGGCCACUAAGAAAUCUCCACCUAGUCAAGCACCGAACAUUAUGUGGGUUCAAGAUGGUUCUCAUGUUUCCCUGGGAUGGGAGCCUGUAAAGCCUUUAGCUAAUGAGUCAGAUGUCAUGGGAUACAAGGUCCUGUUUAGGCAAGAAGGACACAGCAAUAGCCAAGUAAUUGAAACACAGAAAACAUCUGCAGUGGUGCUUCUCCCUGAUGUAGGUGUCUACAUCAUAGAAGUCUGCGCAGUGAGCGAAGGAGGAGAUGGCACACCAAGCAGCCAAAUCAGGAUACCAUCCUUUUCAGGUGGAAAAGUCACAAAUUCUCAAUCCAGGCUAAAUGCUUUUACCACUUCUUCAUCAACUGUAACAUUUCUACUGGUAUUGAUGGUCCCUUCAACGUCAUGGUGA